UCCUGAACACAGUCGGCACUCGUCUCCACGGACUCUCCGCUAUCUGGAUAUCGCAGCCUGUUUCUUUUUCACCUUUGGAUUAUAUUCUUCUGAUGGUUUUCAACACAAACUCGAUGCAUAGAAAUGGGUAAACUGCACUCGAAACAUGGUAAGGUUUCUAAUUCUUGCGAAAAUCACAGUAAUAGCUCCUGUGUUGAUGCGAGACUUUCGAGUAACAGUAUUCAUUGUCUUAUGACUUUCUUUUCUCAAGCCGCUAUUUGUAAACCGAGGGAGAGCCCAGAAGGUGACAGUUUCGUAGUUAAUGCCUGUUUGGCGAGAAAGGGAAUCGACGACUGGCUCGUGAAGCAAAAAUACUACUGCACGAGCUCUCGCCUCGAGCAACCGGACUGUCACCACAAGAGCAACUGCGGUUUGACUGCGCGGGACUCUUUGGAAGAAGCAUGUGCUGAGGGCUUUGGUGAGGAGCACUAUCGUUUAGAAGUGGCUUUACCCCCAGAGAAGACAGACGGCUGCUGUGUGGAGGAGAAGAUGCAGGAGAGGGACGGCCAAUCUCCCGCAGGGCCACAGAAGCAGCUCCAGUUUGAAGAGUUGGAGUGUGCUGUGUCUGUGGAGGAGGAUAACAGGCAGGAGUGGACUUUCACCCUUUAUGACUUUGACAACAAUGGAAAGGUCACCAGAGAGGAUAUCACCAGCCUGCUUCACACCAUCUACGAGGUCGUGGACGCCUCCGUCAACCAUUCUCCCAGCAGCAGCAAAACACUUCGGGUCAAGCUCUCGGUGGCUCCUGACUCCAGCCAGAGGUGGAGGAGUUGCACGCAGGGUGCAGCAGACAUGUCCCACCCCAGAGAGAAAAAUGACAAGUGCAUAGAAGACCCCAAGAGUGCAGACAAGAAGAGUCGAGCUCUCCUAAGGCGCCACCACAGUGACCACCACACCCAGCCGGGCUGCCAGCGCCACUGUGUGGAUGAGAACCUGGAACGCAGGAACCACUACUUGGACCUGGCAGGCAUUGAAAACUACACAUCCCGUUUCGGAGCCGCCACUACCACAGAACAAGCCAAGGCAGAGCCCCAGACUCGGUCGUCCAACCAGACCCGCUCUCGUUCCCAUGAGCCAGAAAACAGCCACUCACAUGCCCACCACCGCCGCCUUCAUUCUGUUGUGGAUGCCGUUUCUCCAGACGGCCUCCACACCUCCCGUGCACGAGGCCAAGACUCAGGAAAACAUGCACUUCGUUCUCCUAAGACCCACAGCCGCACACCCCCUGCUCAGAUCAGCAGCAGGGUGAUGAGAAGCAGAGGAGUGCCCCCUCCCCCAGCAGUACCCAGCCAGACACCCCCUCACCAGUCCUCUGCCCCCUACCGCAAGCACAAGCAGCGGUCAAAGGACAGCCAGGCCUACAGGGCCUUACAGGGCCCCGUGGCUGCCUCAGGACCAGUGGUGGAGAGGGAGCAAGUGCGGGACCUGCCCAGCGUGGUGCUGUAUGAGGGGGGGCUGGCACAAGUGGUGCAGCGGCAUGAACAUCACCACCACCAUGAACAUCAUCACCACUACCACCAUUUUUACCAGUCCUGAACUUUCAGUCUGGCUGGACAGCUCGGCGCUCCUGCAGACCCACAAAACCUAACAAGGCCAGCAGACACAGACUACAGUGAGCUCACUACCAACACUGGGCUGCUGCACAUUGUGCAGCACUACAGGGGCUUUGUUGGGGUUACAAGACAAAAGGGGAUCAUGGGAGGGGUUUCCCUGUGCUGAGUGGUUAAUCAGUGUUAUAUUGAGGCUGGUCAGACGUUUACAAGCUCGGGGUGCAGCAGGACAUUGAUUCAGAGCCACUGCAUGCCCAGGACUGAGGAUCACAGCUAAAGGGUAAAAGAGUUUCUGCAAUGACAGUUUAAUAACAAAAAACAGGCCCUCAGCCUCUGAGCCUGUAAUCCUCUCUAUGAUGAAAGACUCCAAGCCAGCAACACAGACCUUUCAGACCACUAAGCCAAAAGGUUUUCAAAGAAAAGGAGGGACAAGAAGAAGAUAGGAUGCGAUGUAAAGAAGAAAAUAUAUGAAGGAAUAUAGGUGAGAGCAGGGCAUGGUGUGUGCGUUUGUGUAAAAUGGUGCGUAUGUGUGUGAGUGCAUGUGAGUGUCACGACACUGGUGUCUGUUGAAAACCACUUGAAGUGCGCUCAUGGGUGCGUGAGUAUUUAAAGCAGGCUGUCAGGAUGGUUUCUAAGAUGAAAAUGAAGAUUCUGAUUAAAGCACGCAAUACCCCGUUAGCAAAACUGGGAAGGAAAAAUGAUGAAAUGCUGUAAAGUUUAAAAAGAACAGAGAUCCCAAAUCCGCUGCUACCUCUAAUUUUAUCCUAAUUGUUGUAAUGGUGACUUUGACUAAGAGGUUAUUUUCAAAUUACUUUGAAACUUUUUUUAAGAAAAGAAAUUGUGUCACUAUCUGCAGUACUGAAGUGUCGAGAAGCUCCUUACAUUAUUUACUAACAUUUACUGUACAUAAGGUAUAUAUUGUUAGCAAUUUUAUAAGCUUUAUUGAUAAUGUGAUUUCUUUGUAUUCACUAUCUGAAGCUUUUGUGUUUGUUUUUCCUUCACAACCACAUUUUCUAAAACCACUCAGAGCCUCAUGUUUUUGAUAAAACUGUAUUAGUCUAACACACUCGUCAUCCUCUCUUCGUUUUAUCUUAUUACUCUGUGAGACAGUUGACUUUCAUCUUGUAAUUAUUCCUCAGUUACUCAAAUUCCAACUCUGAACAGUGCUGUCUGUGUGGACUCUUUUAGUUCUGCACAGAGGUGAACCAGAAACAUCCUAUCAAAUCAACAUGACUCAGUUAAGUGUUAAAAAUAAAGUAUUAUUCCAUUUAUCCUGUGGUUCAUUAAAAGCAAUUUACCUUUAAAAUACCUUAAUUUAAAGCUUUUGUAAUGCUUUUUGGAAUUUAAAAUCUUUGAAUAAUGAAAAAAAGUGGAAAAAAAAAUAAAUGGCGAUAUUCAGUAAGUGGGACAGGUUGGAACUCAUUUACCACUAGGGAUUUGUUCUAAAGCUCCUGUGAGAAACACAGGAGUUUGUGUCGAUUUUGGCACCCUCUGUGGCCAAAAUGAUACUUAUUAUGUCUUUGUUGAUCUUCACAUGUUUAGGUUGCAUUUACAGAUGAAAAAUCUCAUCCUGCUCUCUUUCACAGUCUAAUCAGUCACUAAUCAAGAUUUUUUGUUUUUAAAAAUUAAAAGACAAACUUUCAGCAGCAUACUGUUAACCAUUUCAUAUAAAACCUGCCUAGCUGCGGUGGUUUUAGGCCUUAAAAUUAACAAAGAAAAAUCAGCAGUCUUUUAGCUGAUUGUCUUGUUUUGCUUUUUGAGAUCAUUUAGAGGCAUCAGUAUUGGAUUCCUAUUUCUUGAAGGAACUUUAAAGGCAUAAAUGAAUCAUAUUGUUUUGCUCAGCAUGCUUUUAUUUUUUCACUACCACACUGCUUCUACAUAUUUACUCGUUAUCACAGCUGGAGGCUGCCUAACACUAGGCUUUUCUUUUGGACUUUCCUUUUCUGACUGACACAGUAGCACUACCCUGAAGCAGCUAAGUCGUCCCCUCGGCCUUGGUGAACACGACUGCUCCCUCUGUUUCCAUGGCAUCCUCCUGUCCCCCCAGCUGUCAGCAGGUCUUUCACCGUGCAGCCAUGUGGCCUCAGAGCUCAGCCAACAAGGCUGUGUUUGUGGUGCUGUAGGGCAGGGCUGCAGCUCUUUCAGCUGUCCCAUUCCUCUGGUGCUGGAUAACACUGGGCCCGGCCUCUAGUCUCCACUAGACCCAUAAUUCACCACUGCUGCUCUCCUGCCAGUCCUGGGGACUGUCUGUUCAUCCGGUCUAUGAUGCUCUCCGGGUGCUGCCAUUCACAUAUAGAUGUUUGUAGAAGUCAGUGACCUGAGAUCUUUAAAUGGCAGGCUGUUGUAGUGGUGCUCUGGCCCUGGAUUAUGGUGACCAGACGACAUUUUCAAACUCCUUCCUCCAUGUUUGUUGCUAGCCUGCCAUCAGCAUGUACAUGUGUUUGCAAAGAACAGGAAUGUAGUGUAUGCCAGUCUUGUCCUUAGCCCUGUGGUGUCCCCUCACAGCUGCAGGCUGUCCUUUAGCAGAGGCACCAGUCAGAUGGCUUGUCUCACGGUGGCUGGUGGUUAGAAACGGUGACGUUCCCUGACAGGGAUCACAGCUGCUCUCCAUACCUCAGCCUCUUCACCUCAUGCUGCUCUUCCGGGACAACUAGUCUUAAUGCCGAAGCCCUCCUAACUUUGUGACUUUUUUGUCAGUGGUUUCCCCCCUCGCCAAAAAAUAAGUAGUGUGGAAUUUGUAGUUUGGCAGCAUGGAUGAACAGCUCAAAGACGACCGUUGGUCCUGCAGGGUGGUCUGUUUUGACACGGUGACCGAGAACUUCAGAAGGAAUUUGGGUGAAAGGCCCGGUCAGACACUCAGCCAGGUUUUUUAACUUCUUUUACCCGGAGAGAGUUUAACUCAACACACAGCUUCAUACUUCUUUUCAUGUCCUGCUUCAUGUUUAUACAAUUACUUGAACUCACAGAGGAAACCCACUUUCACCCAGUUGACUUCAAAGAAGCAUUACCAGAGCAACUGGAGGGGAUCUGCCUUGCUCAAGAGCACCUCAGUAUUUACAGAGAUGGUAAAGUACUAAUUUUUUUUAGGAGUUUUGUCACACAGAGUUUACAAGCUGCUCUGGAGCAUUCACCUCCUCUGGAGACUUUUUAACCUUUAGGCUACUGUCAGAAUCCCUUUUCUGUCUUAUCCUACCACACCAAUACAUCUUUAUUUUUGGAUUUAAGAGAUCCCAUGCAAAUGUACCAGACUAUUUUUAUGUCAAACUAUGAAUGCCUCUUUUUAUAACAAAAAUGUGCAUCAAAUCAUCCACCAUCGUCUCUCCUGUUGUAUAGAGCUGUCAGUAUUCAGAGCUACUCUCCCAUGUUAACACAGUUUGUUGUGCACUACGUAUUUGCUUUUUCAGCAUCCAUCUAUCAUCAUUUUUAAAUGGAUGUAUAUUGUGAACUGCAGAAAGGAUUACAUGUAGAAAGAAUAAUAUUUAUGGUUAAAUAACUGUCUCACUUGCCUUCUUUCAACUAUUUCUCCAGCCUCCAUCAUGUCAAUCCCACCUACCAGAGAUGAAUUAUAAACUGUUAGUAACACAAUCUCUCCCUCUCUGAUCAAACACAGACACACUUUCCCUUGUGUUUGUUGGAAGUUUUCUAGCACUAGUCGAUUUUACCCCUUCUGUUUUCCAUGACGUUGUUUAGUUUAUAUAGAUUGUAUUUGAUUAAUUGGUUUAUUUAUUUGAUAGCAGAUCUGUGCCAAGGGAAACCCCUUUA